UUUUCGUCUGUGUGUGGUGGAAGCUGCGGGGAGGCCAAACGAAGCCGAUCCCCCGUUCCAGGAUGUCGCCUUUCCUCCCCCUAAAUCGAUCGCUAAUUCCUUCCUGCCUCGCCUCUCUCUGAUCCUCUUCGAUCUCCUUCCGCUGUGUCUCCUCCAAAUUUCUUAUUGCAUACUUCUCGGUUUCUAGGUUUUCAUUCGCGGUUUGCCUCUUAUUUGAGGUGAACCCUAACCCUAGUUCUUCUUCUGGAUCAUGAUUUUGAAGCGAUAGAAAUCUCAUCCUGGUUGAAGAGUUAGCGUUGUUCUUUCCUUUUUAUUUAUUUUGGGAUAGGGCUCUUCUGUUCCGUUCUUUUGUCGAGGUUUAGUGGAAAGGAUUGGAUUUGCUGCUACGAUUUGGGGAAAAGAAGGAAUCUUUACUGUCUUGGAAUGGCAGAUUAGGAAAAUGAGAGCAAUUGCAGGAGAUGGAUCUGAAUCUUUACCUGGGCUUGCCUCGUUCGCCUCGUUCUCUCGGUGUUGGUCUCGGUUCUGACCUCGCUCUCAGCUCAUUGCCCCUGUUGCCAUCUUCUUACACUUCUGUCCAGGACAACCAAGCUCCGACUCCCAUGUCGGGUGUCGUGGAACCAUCGGAUUCCCACCCCCCAUACUCUCCUUCACAUGCUGAGUACAUCCCUGACCUGCCGGCUGUUCUGCUGUCUGAUAUAGUCGACAACCGAGAGUACACCCCCUACCUCCCUGCUUAUGAACGAUAUGGUCCGUCGUUCUUGCCCGUUCUACCAGAACCCGAUACCCCAUAUUCUCCUCCCGGCGUCCAACCCCUGCCAGCUGUGGAGGAACCUGAUGAGACUGCAGUCCCGAAUGUGGACUCACAUAUGCCGUAUGAUCCUGCAGCUCCACCUAGGCUUGCUGAUGAACCCAUAGCCUAUUCGCCACCUUAUGUUUCUGGAUCGACGGAUCCACAAGACCAUGGAGCAGCCAGCUUUAGCUUUUACCCAUCAAUUACCACAGAAACAAGUGAAUUUAUCUGUCCGGAAGACGGAUCCUCUUCCAGGCCUGAGCGCCUUCGAUGCCCUGAAUAUCGUUUCAGAAGGCUGAUUGAGUCCAGCCAUCGAUGGCCAAACAGACGGUUUAGGUCUUCGCUUCCACCUGCUGGUGAGAGGUUCCGUUUUGGUUCGCCGUCAUUGCCUAAUCCCGAGCAAUCGGUGCAUGAUGUUUUAGACUCCCAAAGACCUCCAGAAUGCAACGGGAAGCAUAAAGUGAUCGCCGAAGAUAAUGCAGCGGAGACUUCUGGAGAGGAGAUGGAAGAGAAAGGCAGAAGUGCUGCUAACUUUGAGUGCAAUAUCUGUUUUGAUAUGGCUGCUGAACCUGUUGUUACUUCAUGUGGACAUUUAUUUUGCUGGUCGUGUUUGUAUCAAUGGCUGCAUGUCCAUUCGGAUCAUAAGGAAUGCCCUGUAUGCAAAGGAGAGGUAACUGAAUCAAAUAUCACACCUAUUUAUGGUAGAGGGAUCUCGCAACCUAAUGUUGAAAAGAAAAUUGAGGAAAAUGGUGAAUCAACUCUAAGAAUUCCACCAAGACCAGGUGGAAAUAGAUUUGAAAGCUUUAGGCAGCAGUUGCGCCCAGUUUCACGGAGGUUGGGUGAAGGACUUGCAGCAACAUGGAGACGAAUUAUAGAUCAACACAUGCGUAGUGGAAAUAGUUUUGACGCAUAUGCAGACCCAAGCCUGCAAGAAAUAUUUGACAAUGUUCAUCGUAGAGCUCUUAGUAGGCUAAGAGAAAGAAGAGUGCAAAGAGGGGUGAACCGUGAAAGUGGAUCUAUAACUGGAGAGGUCAGAAUGCCUGAAAACAAUUUGCGAAACAAUGCAAAUUCUAUUUUCCGAGAUGGAGUUGAUCUUUGGCAGCAGUUUUCCAUGUAUGGCAUCGACACAGACAGAUUGUCUGCUAUGGCCAGUAGUAUUCGUAGGGUGGUUGGACGAUUAGCUAGUAACACUAAUGGAUUUGAUGCAUCCACCCCAUCUGUUGAUCCUCCAAAUCUCGAACCGCUGGUGACUGGGCCUCGUGUUGAAGCAGCCUUGACUGUGGACCGGUCCUCUGUGUCAAGCACUAUGGCAGUGAUACAGGGGGAUGUUGCUUCUUCUGAUGCUCUUGCAGAACCAAAUAGUGUGGGAUCUUCUCGGUCCAUUAGAAGGAGAGGUAGAAGUAGCACCUCUGGUUCUUUUGAUGUUGAUGGAGGCCCCCUUUUUUCACGUAAAAGAAGAAGGCUGAACUGAAUCUCUUGUUUUUUAUAUCUCCUGCUUAUACACCUCUUGAUGUAUUUGUGUGCUUAGCCAGUGCAGUGUUGUUGUUAGUUAUUUGAAUAUUGUUUUUCUUAAUGGGUUGAAUUAUCAUGGGAUCAUCUUGCCAUUUGA